GGAUACUAAUUUCGUUCAGCAUCCCCUUCGGCAUUUGUUUGCAAACGAUUUGGGUAAUGAAAUACCUAUACCCGGUAUUCAAUACGAUUUACAGAAUAAGGAUCUGACACCAGAGGAAUGUAUACAAUAUCUGGAGUCUAAGGACUUUGGAAAAGCAUACUGUUUGUUACAAAGUAUAUGCUCUAUACCAACAGUCAACAGCUCGAUUUUGUAUAAGCAUGAGCUGAACUUGAAUAAAAUCAUGCGGGAGACCAUAGCUCGCAUUACACGGCGCUGGAACUCUUGGUUAAAUCUAAGUCAGCAAAUACGUGGUCUGACUAACAAGGACAUCGAUUUGUAUGCACUAAAAGAAAAUGUCUAUCCUGCGGCCUUGUCUUGCAGCCUAGUGCAGUGGACGGCGAUCACUCUCGAGGAAUUCCUAGCCCAAAAUUCAGGCGUACUAAACAUUUCUCCGGAUGAAAAGGGCAUAACAUACAAUUCCUAUCGUGCUGUGAUUGUUCGUGGCUCUGCCAAAAUGGAGUUUUUCAUUCGAAUACCGAGUAAUUAUCCAUUGGAAAUGCCACUCAGGAUAUUGAGUGUGCAUUGGAACGGUCGCCGUACGUCGCAGAAUAAUGCAGCUAUCAAGAUGAUGGAGUACUGGACCAACUCAUUGCAACCCCAACAGCUGGAAGCAAAUUAUCGUAUUCUGUACGUUCAGCUUUUCCGAACUAUUUAUCGUUUUGACAUCUUUCUGGAGACAGAAGGCUCAAUGCAGACGACUAUAGAAUACACCAAGGAAAAGCCUUAUAUAAGUUCAUUUGCAAAACGAUGCCGAUUGCGUUUAUAUAAAUACAUAAAAAAGGGUUCCGUACACGCAUUCAAACAAUAAGGACCUAAAAACCGUUAAUUGUUGCCGUUAUUAAGGAUCAUGUGGCGCCGAGAUGACGUAACCUAGCAGAAGUAGAGCGUUUAUU